UGGAAGACGCUUAUUUCAUAUUUGAUCUUUACAUGCCCACUCCACACAAAACUCCAAGUGCGCAGUUUCUCUCAUCCUAGAAUCCGCUCUACCUUAAGCAAUCGAUGAUAAUAUGUCUGCGUCUUGGAAACCUCAGUACCGCCAUACCCCUCCUUGUCAACAGCAGCGUAAAGAUGAGUAUCUCGGCAUGUCCCCCGACAUCUUUGGCCUCGUGGCUGGGAUAUCUGUUGCGUUACUCCUAGCAGCCACGUUUCUUUUUCCGAUGUAUUACAUGGAGAGGCAUGAGCAGCGCGGCCGCGAGAAAACGAAUCACAAAAUACAGCCGCGUUCUAGCGGGAAUGGCAGUCAUGAAGAGACAUGCCGAUGUUGCCCGGAACCCCAUGGAGUGAUCGGCCAUGCCUGCUUAGCAGAAUUACCUCGACCAUGUCACACCCAGUCAACGAGUUUUUGUGGAAGUGAACGAGGACCACGGGGUGGAUGCAACAUAACGAGGAGAGAUUAUCCUAGACUACAAGGCACAGCAUGCUCUUUUCAUUUGGAAGAACCAAGCGGGAAAGGGGCCCGUUGCUCUUCGGAUGCCAUGUCCUUUGACAUCACAAUUGGUGCCACGAGAAUCACCCACUCUCAAGGUUAUCCAAGCACCAAAACAGAGUUGAAAGCAGCCGAAACCCUAAUCAACGGGCUCGCCACCUUGCUGAACCAGAGUCUCAAAUCUGGUACACCUGAGAUGGACGAGCCGUCUGCACCUACGGCCUUGAUUCCAUCUCUGCCGCGGGAGCAGGGACGUGCGACCCCUCUUUCACCACCUUGUGUGUGCAGCUCUUCGAGAUCCCCCAAGGGCGAGGAAUCGACAUCCAAACACUACAAGGUUGACCAAGACGUAGAUGAGCCGUCUCGGAAGCCAGACUCUGAUGAUGGUCUCUCAAAUGUGCCGGCUAGGAAGCUUGCUUGCCCGUUCUAUCAACACGAUCCCGACGGGCAAUUCCGAAAGACCUACUGUACAGGACCUGGAUUUUCCAAUGUGGAUGAAGUCAGACAGCAUAUUUACGACCACCACAUAAUACCCUUCUACUGCUCCCGAUGCGCCGCAGUAUUCUUUUCCGAGAAUAGCCUUCAUAAUCACUUACUGGAACCGACAAGAUGUGAGCUAGUCUCAUCCGUGUUGCCUAUGGGAUGCACCAGGCAGCAGAGAAAGUUUCUGCGAAGACGAAUCCAUGGAACCGAAGAACAGCAGUGGCGUGCGAUCUACGGUAUCCUAUUUCCCGAUGAGCCGAGCGAAGAUAUGCCGUCUCCGUGUAAGUGCUUUUCCAGACUGAACACCCUACCUAACCACGUCAAAGACUUAUCACUUUUUCAGACUUUGAGGCUGUUCUAUCGAAUACCGAUAUCAGUGACAAGAAAGAAGAGAGUGUCAACAAUGCGCAGCAGCAGCACUUCCGCCUCCAGCUUCCGCACAUCCUGGACCGACGCUUCGUGGAGAACCCCACCAGUUCGGAAUCGGAAACUCCGAUAGCGGAUCCGACGACACGGAACCGACGCGGGGAGGCCGGGGACGGGACCACCAUCGACGUCGUACGGGGCGCCCAAAAGGAGCUGUACCGGAACUUCCGUCCCAUCCGACAACUAACCAUUGAAGACUUUUACGACUCUACGCCGCUGUCACCUGGUGCCCCGGCCGACGAGACUGCAAGCCCGGCCCAGCCAGACGAGUCGAGAGCGCGGCAUCAUUCUCAUGAUAGUUCUGACUUUGGGGUGCUGACCGAGUCUUCCAGGUCUGGGUCUAUUCAGUCAAGCGGGUUUGUGUAUGCGUCUGAUGAGUUUUCUGUCAGUGAGGCAGAGGAUAGGGGGACAUUUUUUCAAAUAUCUGGAGCGGAUCGGUGUUGAUUUGGAUGAAUUUUUUGAUAAACGCGUACCGGGGCUAUCAGGUUGUAUUCAAUUGACUAGAAAUAAUGUGACUCCUAUGUACCAUUUA